AUGAAUAACCAAGGGGUUACCUAUGCAGAACUUAAUAUCAUGAAAAACUCAAAAAGACAGCAAAUGAAAGCUAAGGGCACUAAGUGUUCCACUUCAGUAACUGAGCAGGAAAUAACCUAUGCAGAAUUAAAUCUUCAAAAUGCUUCUUGGGAUCUUCAAGAGAAUGGAAAGAACUACCACUGCAAAGAUUUACCAUUAUGUCCAGAGAAGCUCAUUGCUGGGAUCCUGGGAAUCAUCUGCCUUGUCUUGAUGUCCACUGUGGUCACAAUAGCUGGUAUUCCCUUUUAUCACUGUGGUCAUUGUCCAAAAGAGUGGUUUACAUAUUCCAACAAUUGCUAUUACAUUAGCACUGAAAGAAAACCAUGGAAUGAGAGUCUGUUGUCCUGUGCUUCUAACAACUCUAACCUGCUCUGCAUAGAUGAUGAAGAGGACAUGUAUUGGUUGAGCUUCUUUACUCAUUCUUCAUGGAUUAGAAUCUCCUCGACAAUCAGUAAUAAUUCAUCUGUGUGGUCAAAAAGCUUCACUUUCUUCUCCAAAGUAUUGUCAUUAUCUUCAGAAAGUGAUGGGAAUUGUCCAUAUUUCAACUUUGACAUAAACAAAACUUCUCAUGAAGACUGCUUAGACUUAAAACCAUAUAUUUACAACGUGCCUCCACAGCUUCAUGGCAGACGUGCUCACAGAAUUGGCCUGGAACAGAGCAGCUCCACAGUCCACAGGGCUGAAGCUGGUGAGGAUGGAUUUCAGGCUGUGACUGGCAAGCAGGAAGAACCCUUGCCAGUUUGUUAA